AUGCCUGGGAAAGUAGCGACGAAGAAAGGAGAGAAGAAGCCGGCGGGUCUGGGGCCGGGCAGACUCAAGGCAGACGGCACGAAGAGCAAGAGGAGAGGACGUAAAGAGAGCUACUCCAUCUACAUCUACAAGGUCCUGAAACAGGUCCACCCCGACACUGGCAUCUCCAGCAAGGCCAUGAGCAUCAUGAACUCGUUCGUCAACGACAUCUUCGAGCGGAUCGCCACGGAGGCUUCCCGACUGGCCCACUACAACAAGAAACACACGAUCACCAGCCGCGAGAUCCAGACGGCCGUUCGCCUCCACUUGCCCGGAGAGUUGAGCAAACACGCCGUCAGUGAAGGUACCAAAGCCGUCACGAAGUACACCAGCAGCAAGUAGCCCGGCUCCCCCAUGGACUAUAGCUAUAAUCUCGCAAAACGAUGACAUAGCCCCGCCUCCUUUCUCUUUUUCCAUCAUCAUUCAUGGUGCAUAACUCUGUCUGGCUCUUUCACUUUUCAUGUUGUAUUGCAUCAUUUUAAACCAUUUUGAUUUAUGCAAUAAACCUUGACCACCC